AUGUUUCAGAGUCCAAGCGAAAGUUGUGUAUGUCCACCUUCCUUUCGAAACAAUCGAAAAGUAACCUCUCCAGCCUCUAUUGGCGACGACAACAACCAAUGCCAUGACAUUCACUUUUCUGAUGCUGCUCUCAGCUCCAAUAGUUUGGACAUCAUGCAUGGAACACCACCACCAACACAACUACAUCAACGUUGGUCUUUGGCUGUCGAGGUCUCGGAGAAUGGAUCCUUCGUACAUGAUGAUGAUGAUCGAAUCUUUUCUCAACAACAAGAACGACAAGAUGAUGAUCCUACACUAAUAGUGGGUGUCAAAGAAGAAGGGACAAUGAACAAGUUACAUUCGCUUGGAAGUCACAUAAAGGAAAGAACCAAUUCUGAUGGUGAAACAAAGAGUGGUUUGACGAUUCCAUCCUUGUUACCGAGUAAAUUAUUAGGUUCUAGAAAGAAGAAGGAAAAGAGAAAAGAUGAAGAAGGAUCUUUGACUUCAUUUGACAAGGAAGAAUUAAAACAACUUUCAGAAGAAUUUUCAGCCAUCGAUAAAAGCGGAAACAUUGGUCUCAAUGAAUUUGUCAAUUGUUUAGGAAGAUUGAACGAUUCUGACAAUCAAUCAGAUGCUGACUUGGUAUUAGGGAAAAUAUUAUUUCGAGCAUUCGAUAAGGACAAUAGUGGAACAAUUGACUAUAGAGAGUUUUUAGCAACAAUGGCCAUAUUAUCGAGAGGAAAUGUGGAACAGAAAUUAGAAUUUGCAUUUUCAAUGAUUGAUUUAGAUCACGAUGGAAAAUUAAGUAGAGAGGAAUUACAGAAAGUAGUGACUGCACUGUACAAAGUGUUGACCUCUUUAGGAUUGGGUUCAAAAACCAUGCAAGAUCCAAUCGUGUAUGCGAACAAAUUAUUUGAUGAAAUGGAUGAAGAAAAGUGUGGAUAUUUAACAUUGGAAGCUUACAAAAAGGGUGCUUUAAAGAAUUCAAAUCUUCUCAAAGGUUUGGGAGUUUUAGAGAGCUCAGAGAGUGUCAUUGAUCAAGGUGAUGCUUCAUCAUCAUCGACAGAAAACGGCAUGGAUCUCCUGACAGAGAAUGAUCUAAAAAACACGUCAGACAAACCAAUGAAACACCAAGGAAAAAUUAUUGGAUUUGGAAGUAGAAAAUGGAAUUUAUGUUUAAACAUGAUGAUAGGAAUUCGACUGUCUUCCGAUUGUAUUGGAUCCAUAGAUGAAAGAGAUGUUCGAAUGGAAGAUUUUAGUGUGAGAUUAAUGUUCGAUCUUCCCAAAGAAUCGAGUAAAAAUUUAUUGAACUCUGAAACUACUAGUUAUAAUGAUCCUCUUUCUGCAAGAGGAUUCAACUCUGGCAUGACCUUUGAUUCAGAAGAAGUUGCAGCAACCUUUGUGGAUUAUGCUCCGUUUGUAUUUAAACACAUUCGAAGAAUGACUGGAAUUUCUGAAGCCAGUUACAUGCUCAGUUUAGGUCCUGAGCAAUUGCUUGGAAAUUUGUUAUUGGGAAGUAUUUCAACCUUAUCGGAACAUUUAAGCGAUGGAAAAUCAGGAUCUUUUUUCUUUUAUUCCAAUGACCGAAAGUUUAUGGUGAAAACCAUUUCCAAAGCUGAAGUUUCAUGUUUGAAGAGAAUUCUUCCCAUGUACUACAAGUACUUGUCACAAAAUCCAGAUUCACUCAUUGUUCGAAUUUUGGGACACCAUGAAAUGAUUAUCAACUCGGAGAGAAUUAAUUUCAUUGUCAUGGGAAAUAUAUUUUCCUCCUCGAGACCACUUGUGGAGUUGUACGAUUUGAAAGGAAGCACUCAUGGACGAAAGAAUCCUGAAGGAUUUUGUAAAAAAGAUUUAGAUUUGCUCGAAAAGAAGAGAACAUUCACAAUUGGGUUGGAAAACAAGUUGAAUUAUAUGAAAAUUAUUGAAAAAGAUACUGAAUUCUUGUCAAGUUGCAAUUUAUUGGAUUACUCACUUCUUGUUGGAGUGUGUAAAGCAGCAAGAAGCACAUCGAUUUCAAAUGUUGACUCACAGCAAGAAGUUGCAUCUCCAACCACACCCACCACAUCCCGUAAAAUGAGUGGAUUUGUUGGUGCAAGAUUAAUGAGAAAGAAUAAGUGUGUUUGUGCCAUUCCAAGCACUCAACUUGCGAAAAACCUAUCCUCUGAAGAAGAGUCAGAGCUGUACUACAUUGGAAUUAUUGACAUUUUGACAGAGUGGAGUUUCAAGAAGGAGUCUGAGCAUCAUUUAAAGUCCAUCACAAGCAAAGCUGAAACUAUUAGUGCCAUUCCUCCAAAGCCCUAUGCCGAACGAUUUUUCAAAUUCAUGUAUCAAGUAUUUGAGUAA